UGGCCAGCGUGACCAGCAGUUAGAGUGUCCAGGUGUCGGCUGAGCUGAGAACUGAUAAUUAUGGGGAACCUGGGCAGUCGAAUCUCCGGUGGCGACGUCACUGCCUCGGCACGGCGCGAGGAAACCGGCCGCUGGCUCUGCGUCGACAUCGACUCUGCUCCGUCGCGGAGCGGCACCAGUACCAGCUCCAGGCGUAUGAAUGGAAGUAGCUGCCGCGGCACGGGCCCGAGAAAGCUCGAGUACGACCCGUCUCAGAGCAGGGCUGUUCUGUGUGCAGUCAACAAGUUCCAGACGGAGGCGUUCGUGGACUCGGAAAUUUCUGUACCAGUCGGAAGACAGUAUUCCGAUGCUCAGCGGUUUUCACUCUGUCUUCAAGGUGGCGAGGAGAGCAGAGGCGGACUGAACUCGCAGGACAUUGCUGUUCUGGACGAUGAUGCUGACGGUCCACUGGGCUACACUCCAACCAAGGAGAACAUUACAGAUCUCCUAAAAGAGCAGGCUAGAGGCGUUGGGAAGGAUGGAAUGCUCUUGUUCUACUUUAGUGGCCAUGCCAGGAGGACCAAGGAAGGGAAAGUCUUUUUGCUACCCACAGACUAUGAUGGUAUCAUCGCCCACGGCAUUCGAAGCGAAGACAUCAGCUCUGCCCUCUCGGCAUCAACUGCGCGGCACGUGGUGUUGGUGUUUGAUUGCUGCGAGUCUGACGGUUUGGCGCACGAGUUGAUCGACUUUGACAGCGCUAACAGCAUACAGUGCGGGUCAGCCGUUUAUGCGGUCGUCACCUGCAGUGGCCGGGAAACAGCUCUCUUUCAUCACCAGAUCGGGGGUGGCGUCUUCUCGUAUUUCCUGAUCGACCACAUGAACCGUACCUGGCAGGACGAUGCGACACGCUUGGACCUGGUGCAGAGCGUACAGUUCUGUCAGCCGCUGUACAAUGCCCUAUCCUGGCUGGCCGAGUACGCACACACAUCUGCCGACUCCCAGUCACUGGCGGCCACUACUGGCACUAGUGGACCUCAGCUUGUGACGUCGGGCAUGGAAAUGCACACGCUGUAUUUACACGACGACUCACCUGAUGGUAGCAAAGGACAAACUCCGCCGCCGCUCAUGUUCACGCUGCUCAGUCAUCACUACGCCAGGACGGAUUCGGCUCAGCCAGACCAAAUGGUGCUGCACCCGCCCACACAACUGCGCAAGUGGCUGAGGGACGUGGUGGGGACGUGCCUUGCCCAGCUUGAGUGCAACGGCUUCGUCUCGUCCAGUCGACAUCCGACCUUGUUCAACGCUCUUGUUGCCAUGGUAUCGUCAUCCGCAGCUGAGAUUGUCAUAGCGCACGCAAAGGAGAAGUGCAUGGAUCCCAACCUGUUCAUCCACUGCAUCUUGCCAGUGAUUGACACGUUCUACAUCCUGAAGGAUCGACUUGUGGACGAGUGGACCCUAGAGCACGUUGUCUUGUCCCUGCACUACUACAUGGCCACAAUCAAGGAGUACCGCGAGCCUCAAGUCAAAGUGGAGGAGAUGGGUGCCCUAACUGAGCUGAUGUUACGCUUACAGCUUACGGAUACCAUUGACGGAAAGGUGCGGCAAGAAAAGAGACUAUCGCCACAAGAUGUGUUUGACCAGCUACCGAACUGCGCUCUUGCCAGGUUCCCUUCAUGACUUUUGAAAGCAAUCAGACGGAAGAAGAUGGAUCCCAUGAAUAGGUUUCCCAGUUUUCUCGGAGUGUCGCGGGUCUUUGUUUCGUUCGGCAAUGCAAGGCUCCUGAAACCAUUGACAGGCCAUGUGGGUGCGUGGUGAAGCCGUUUUAAGCGCACAGGAAACAUGAACAAUCCUGAUGAAUGUUUGUACGUUCCAUGCAUCAUAGUUUCAACCGAUGUCGACACAUGUGUUUUAAGUGAAUUUGUGCUGUACAAGGCCUAUGGACCAAGUUAGACUUUUGCAGUUCUCUUGCCUGCCUACAAACUUCAAUAUUUUUAGAGCAGGGUGCUGAAUGAUUCACUAGCGUUGCUGCUAGCGGCCAGAGCACGUUAAUUUUGUAGCACUUAGAAAAGGUAGCCAGCCGGACAUGGGGUACCAUUGGAGGACACAAUCUGUGUCCGUGAAUAUCCUGAUAAAAGGAAAGCCUUUUGCCAAAUAACCAAUUCUCGUCCUGGAAGUACAAAGUUCUUCUUUCCCUGCACAACUGGAAUAUGUUCAAUCUAGCCAUCAUUAUACUACUCUAGCAUAAUAUUACUGUAUACCUCAAGCAUAACUGUAUUACAUAAAUGUACUCAAAACCAUGUUAGCCCACAUCCCACAUGCAGAUGCUACACCGCUAUGAAAUACACCAACACACAGGG